AUGGAACAGACGCACCACCCUGUAGUCACGAUGAACGAGCGUGCCGCUUAUUUCGCCAUCAAGAUGCUCCGUGUGGGCUUUGAUAAGGUGUCUGGGUAUCGUGGGCCAGGAGGCGAAAUGACGGAGAAGGAUUGGCUUAACCGUUGCCUCUUCUUGGAGUCCAUUGCUGGUGUUCCAGGAAUGGUGGGAGGUAUGUUACGUCACCUACGUUCCCUGCGUCGUAUGAAGAGAGACUAUGGAUGGAUCCACACUCUAUUGGAAGAAGCUGAGAACGAGCGAAUGCAUCUACUUAUCUUCAUGAACCUGAAACAACCGGGUUGGUUCUUACGAACACUUGUGAUCGGAGCUCAAGGCGUGUUCUUCAACGGUUUCUUCCUCACGUACCUGGUGUCACCAAAGACUUGCCAUCGCUUUGUGGGGUACUUGGAGGAAGAAGCGGUGAAGACGUACACGUAUCUGUUGCAAGAUAUCGAGGAUGGACAUCUGGACGAGUGGAAGCAGAAGCAGGCACCAUUCAUUGCUCAAACGUAUUAUAAACUACCCCAAGGCAGUAAUCUUUACGACAUGGUCAAGUGCAUUCGUGCUGACGAAUGCAAUCACAGAGAUGUGAACCACAAGUUUGCUGACCUGGAUCAAGAUAAGGGCAUCAGCCCAUUCGUGAGCAACCACCACGGUGAAAAAGACUGA